ACUCACUUCCAUCUGAUUGUGAAUGGCACUGGUUGUGAAAUAAAUGGAUGUAAUGUGACUGGAUCACAUUGCAUUACCGUAAACUUUCCUGACCGGUACAGACCGCACAUCUCUCGGUGCUUUACCGUUCAGUGAUAUUAUAAUAUUUAUAAACAUUGAAGUUUGUUUUCGGGUCGCGUGUAUGUUGCAGCCAUGAAUUCCAGUUCGUACUUCGUCAACACUCUGUUCUCCAAGUAUCAGCCGGGUGAAGGCUUCUACCCGUCAGGCUACGAGCUACCUUCCUGCGCUUUUACCAAGACACAGAAGGGGUCUUACAACUCCGGCAACAUCGGUGGGGGAAUGAACGGGGUAUCGACUCACCACCAACAGCCGCCUGGCUACUUCAGCACCCCAGCUACCAGCGCCAAUGCGUAUCAUGGGUCCUACGAGCCCCACAGUGGUGGCAACACGGCCAGUAACGUGUACGGCACUCUCAAUCAGAGCGCGGCAUCGCCGAUCACCUCGUGGGACACUCGCCUCGCAUCUUACGGUACCUCCUGGCCGGGCAACACGGCCGAAUUGGACUCCUCGUACAGCUUGAAGGAACACUCAGGAGCCAUGGGGGUGUUCUCACCGGGUUCCCAGUCAGAUGUACUCAAUAAUAACUGUCACAAUUCCAUGGUUUCGGGAGGCAAUUCAAAUUUUCCCUGGAUGAAUGUUGCAGGAACAGUUGCCGGUAUGGAUGUGGGUCGGAAGCGGUGCCGCCAGACCUACACCCGCUACCAGACCCUGGAGUUGGAGAAAGAGUUCCACUACAACCGCUACCUGACGCGGAGACGGCGCAUCGAGCUGUCCCACCAGCUGGCCCUGACCGAGCGACAAAUCAAGAUCUGGUUUCAGAACCGCCGCAUGAAGUACAAGAAAGAGAACAAGAAGGAAGGGGCCGGCUCACCGGAGGAAGGGGAGAAGAUCGAGGCGGAACUGGGCAGCGUGACGGCGCUCGGCCCUGGGGCUGAAGAGAGGGGCACCGUCCACGAAGUAGGCGACAAAUGAUUCAAGAGUCCCCAGCAGGAUCGGAACAGUUUCAUUUCCCGCUAUUCUAUAAGAGGCUUGGUGUAAAUCUCUUGAGGCUGUGGAUCAGAUUGCACCGUACAUGCUGCCUGAAACAGUACUCACUUCGAACUCUCGUGGAAUGCACUGUGCGAAUACUUAGGCAUAUUCAGCUUUUGGCAGUGAGAGAUCGAUAGUUCUGACACUACAUUUGUAACUAUUAUAAUAUUGAACUGCCACGUCCCAUAGUAUUAACCACUUUCUUGUCGGUGCACAUUGGUUGCUUCUCAAGAAUUUAUUUCGAUUUAAACUUAAACAUUUGCGUGAAUGACAGGUGCAAUCACCAGUACUAUUCUUGUCCAUUGAACAAAAGGUCUAACGAAAUUCAUCGCAUGGUAGGAAGAGUGAUUUCACGUUUCGUUUUGUGGAUUUAAUCUUAAUAAUGCUAGGCCCAUCCGAUGAUGACCCAAAUAUGACUUUGGCAAAAUGAUAGGCCCGUUAGCCAUGAAGAUAUGCCGCCAUGCUGGUAGAACCUUCCUUACCUCCUUAUGUCUUAGGGAUGCAGAGGCCUUGUAAAAAAUACAUAUAGAGUAUAGCUUCAUCGGUCCAUGAACAUACGUCACAGGACGUUCAAAAUCAAUGAGUAUCGAACAUUCUAGGUUGCACGACAAAUUACGUACAUACGGUACAUCAGACGAAGCAGUCUCAAUUAUAGUUUUUUUUUCACUGGAUUUUGUACAGACUGACAUCUCUUUACAUGCUAUAUCUUUGUUAAGUUAUAAAAAAAGGACCCAAUCUGUGACAUGAAAAACCCAAAUCCCAGACCCGGUGCUCACCCAACCUUUCCAGCUGCCGACCACCCCCCGCGGUCAGUCAUCCAACGCAUCCCUCGUGGAAGGUCAAGAGUGUUUUGUCUUACGAGCUCACACCCGACGAAUACAACAGCUGCUUGUGUUGAUCAGUAAUAGUUCACACGCCGCAUGUAUAUACAUGUACAGCAAGUAAUCUCUCACGGUAUUUAGUGUUCAAACGUGAUUUAUUUAUAAAGCCCUUCCCCAAAAUGUGCAUGACAAUACCGAAAAAAUAUCAAUUUGGAUAAUUUUUUUAUAUUUAACUUAUAGUAACUUAAUCUGUUUUAAAUUAUUUCAUUGAAACGUUUGGACCAUUACGGAGUAAACCAACCAUGAGCCAACUGGAUACAAAAAAAUCGUAUAUCUACAUCACUGCAACUGAUUUACAUCGAGGGAUGCUUGGGGAAAACUCUCCUGUGCCCUACCAUGAAUGCUGUUUGACCUCACUCAAGAAUUCACGAAGACCUUCAUGAGGUCAAUUGCAAUUAAAUUUGUCCUACAGUGAAACUGCCACCAUACUUUUGAACUAUUCCCUUCUAGUUCUAUACCCUUAGGCCUAUUGUAUAAGACCCUUCUACUGUAUGAACGCUAAGUCACAUCUUUUGGGAAAUUAGAGAAAUCAGAUAUUGAUCUGAAUACCGGGAACGAGAAAAAGAAGAUCAUACAAUCUGAUAUACAUGUGACAAAACCGAAAACAUGUAUGCCGUAUGCACUCAAACCCAGUAUAUUGUGCUUGUCAUAUGUGAAGCCGUAUGUUCCCCCCUUCUAUAUAUGACGUAUCCGCGACUCGAAAUGUUGUAAGGUUUAGAAAAACUGCAAAAACAAAAUACAAUAAACUGGAUUGAAAAAAAAGUCACUCACAACAUACGAAUUUUUAUGUCUUAUCCAUUUCAUAAAUAACUUACAGUCCUGUGUAAAUAUAGUCUCCAAAAUAUGAAAAUACAAACUGUUGUAGCCUAUAAGGCAUUUUACGUCGAAGGAAAAACACUGGGAACAUUCCUGUUUAUUAUAGCCGCCUGGCGCCUACUAUGGCUUUUGGCCCGGAUGAUGGUGUAAAUGUUUUGUGUCUUUUUGUGUUUUAGCUUGAACUUUUAUGUAAAUACUGUACAUAUUUGGAGCGAGUUUAGGUUCUACCUUGUCUUUCUAUGGUGACUUAAGUGAUUAUUAAACACUUUAAUUAAGCAAAGAAACGAA